UGAUGCCUGGUCUUAAAUUCAUUUCACACCUCACUUAUAAUGAGUAUGACGAACGCAACAUUGGAAUUUCUCCAUUCUUAAAACCAAACCAAAAGCUUCCCCUAAAUUUUUGUCCCAACUCUCCGAAUUAGCAUCACACCCACCUCUGCUCUCCUAAUCCCUUUCCUUAAACCGACUAACCCCUUUUUCUUGGGUUCUCAGCAUGGACUUAAGCGUUGUGCCAUACAAACACAUUACGAAAUCCCAGAACGAGAACGAUAAUGAGAACGUCGACGUUGUCGACGACAAGAGUACCCGCAGAUUCGAUAAUGAAGUCGUCAAACCGCCGGUGGACCGUGAACCGGUGGUGAUGAACCCUGAGGCAGCCGUUAAGAGUACGGUUACUCAAUACAAGGAGUGCAUGCGGAACCACGCCGCCUCCAUGGGCGGCCACGCCAACGACGGAUGCGGCGAGUUCAUGCCACGCGGCGGCGGAGACUCGCGCCAGUCGCUUACCUGUGCUGCCUGCGGUUGCCACCGAAAUUUCCACCGGAGGGAGGUGCUCGGAAACUAUCACAGAUUGCACUCUGCUCCCCAUCCGAUGUUGUUGUACAAUGCCAGCCCCACCAUGUCGCGUCCUCAUCAUCGUCAUCAUGAAAGCAGUGAUCGACGUUCGGAGACGCCGGAGGGAGUGGGGCCCACUGGUGCGCUGCUCAGGAGUGGCAGUGCCAAGAGGUUCAGGACCAAGUUCACGCAGGAGCAAAAGGAUAGGAUGCUGGAGUUCGCGGAGAGGAUUGGGUGGAGGAUUCAGAGGCACGACGACGUUGCGCUCAACCAGUUCUGCUCGGAGCUCGGCGUCAAGCGCAACGUGCUCAAAGUGUGGAUGCACAACAACAAGAAUGCUCAUCGCCGUAGAGAAUCCUCACACCAAUCACCCCCGUCACCUGAUCCUUCGCCACAACCUGUUGGGGUCUAAUUGCACCGUCUUUUUUAUUUUCUGGUUUAAACUUUCUUUUUAUUUGCCAAAUUUUAAUUUUUGAACCCGAUUUAGGCUGAGAUGCUAAAAUGAGCUAAUGAGAGAGCUAGUUAAAAAUAUCACGUUGGGUUCUACUUUUUUAGCAGUGUGAUUAUAAGACUAGUGGGAAUGAGUUCUCUCGAAGAGAAACAUUCAGAGGUAACAGGAAAAUAUGUUGAUUAUGCUUUGUUUUAACUUUUUCAACAAGUCAACUAUGGUUUAAAUGAUUCCAACAAUUUAGAAUUUAGAUACAGUACUACGAGAUAUUGUGAAAAUCUGGUGUAUGGGGCAUAGUGAUCUUUUUCACUUUGUGAAACUAUCAUAAUUUCAGCUUUGCAUGGUCUGCAGCAGACAGGAAGAAGUAAUAAUCAAACGGGAGCAUUACAUAGGCACUGAAGACGAAGGCAAAUUAUCACGCAUUAGAUAGAAUAGCUGUGAAAGAUGCACGUAAGAAUUAUGAUGGGAGCUUUGAAUUAAGAGAUCCGAUGGACAACGAUACAUGAUGAUGCCAAUCCCAGAGCCGUUAAACUUCAAUAGACUUUCCAUGUUCAGAGAUUUUCUUUCCUAUGCACCUUCGGUGGUAAGAAAUCUAACCCUCGUUUUUAACCAGAAUGUUGGUUGGAAGGAAACAAUCAAAAUGCAUGCCAGAAGAAUAAUGCCGGCCCGGAAGGACGGAACACAUGAACAAAGUUUGAAAAUUGCGGGAUUUUCUUCACUAAAAAUGCGUUUUUGUCAAAGACGUAAUGAAUAUUACGUAUAUUUGGUCAUCUAAACGAAACAUGGAGUACUGCCGAUCGAUCGAGUGCGCGUUGGCAUAUAAUUGACUUUGCUGACCAUGGUUUUGCGUAGCUUGUUUAACUUCGCAUACGUACGGAUACCCUUCUCGAGCUUUAAGCUAGCUAGCUAGGGACUAUACAUUAAUUAUUCGAGAAUG